UCAGUACAAAGCCUACAGUUGGACUUCUACAUUUUACCUUCGAAUUCUAGAGAACAAUCUUCAAGCACAAGCACGAAUCUUAAAGCAAAAAACAUACAUAUAGUUUGAAUUCCUCCUUCAAAAACGCAUCUUCAUCUUUACAAACUAGGCGUUUGCAUACAUUUGACGUAUUUACAUGUCUCACACCUAAAAUUUCAUAUUCACACACAUAUCACUCAAAUAUUUAGUAUCACAUAAAAAAAUAGCACUGUUAUUACUUUAUAAAAAAACACCAAAGUGCUAUUUGUGUGAGACAUGUAGAUACAUAAUAAUAAUUGCAUUCUGCCUAUGUAAAUUACCCCAAGUAUUUUCUCACAAACUUUUCUCAAAGGAAAUAUACCUCAACAAUUUCCUCUUGACUUCCCUUUGCUGUAAAAGUUGCUGCCUUCCUGCUUUGUCUGCUUCCCAACAGCCAUGUUGCCUAGCAAUCAAUCUCUUCUGUUGAAUGGGACCCUUCUCUUCUCCAUUUCUUCGCAUUUAAUCACACCCGUGACCCUUCCUGCAUCAUCUAUUCCACCUGUCAUGGCUCUCUUCCUCUUCUUCUGCAUCUCUAUUCUUCUUCCCCUCCCUCACAGCAGCAAUGCUCAGCCCUCUCCUGGUUUCUAUCCAAGCUGGCGCUCAAGACCAGUGAGGUUCAAUCAUGGCUUCACUAAUCUCUGGGGGCCUCAGCACCAAUGGGUCUCUGCUGACCAAUCCUCACUCACCAUCUGGCUCGAUCGGAACUCAGGAAGCGGGUUCAAGUCGAUUCGAGCUUUUCGAAGUGGCUAUUUUGCAGCUUCAAUCAAGCUUCAGAGGGGCUACACUGCAGGAGUUAUAACGGCCUUCUAUCUAUCAAACAAUGAGGCACAUCCCGGAUUCCAUGAUGAGGUCGAUAUGGAGUUUCUGGGGACGAAGCCAGGCGAGCCAUACACUCUGCAGACGAAUGUGUACGUGCUAGGGAGCGGCGAUGGGAGGAUCAUAGGAAGGGAGAUGAAGUUUCAUCUAUGGUUUGAUCCGACGGUUGCCUUCCACAACUAUGCAAUUCUGUGGAACCCGAGGGAAAUCAUCUUCUUCGUAGACGACGUACCGAUCCGACAAUACGCGAAGUGGAGCGCGUGGACAUUUCCUCGGAGGCCGAUGUGGGUAUACGGAUCCAUCUGGGAUGCUUCUUCAUGGGCAACGGAUGACGGCAAGUACAGAGCCGAUUACCGCUUCCAGCCCUUCGUUGCUCGCUUCACCCGCUUCGUUGCACGCGGCUGCACCGCCGCCUCGCCGCCGGUUUGCCGUCCGCCGGCCUCUUCUCGCGGGCUCAGCCAGCCUCAGCGCGCGGCCAUGCAGUGGGCGCAGCGCCGCUCGCUCGUAUACGACUAUUGCCGCGAUCCUAAGCGUGAUCAUUCGCUCACACCCGAAUGCCCGCGCUUCUGAUGGUCAAUAUUAGGGAAAAAAAUUGAUUAUCUCAAGCGGAGUUAAGUACGUAAAAGGAUACACGGAGGGUUAUACGGGAGUUACAUGGGGAUUACAAGGGGUCUGUUGUACCUCCCGUGUAAAGCUCGUGUAACCCCGCUGUAAUCUUGUAACCUCAAUGGAUAAAAUAAAAGCGCGGGUUACAGGUGAGUUACACGAAAGUUACAAGGAAGUUAUAACACGCUUGUAAACCCCAUGUAACCCCCGUAUAACGCCCUUGUACCAUAUUACGUACACAUCUCUGCGUACGACUGACAUACGCAAUUUUUUUUCCCAAUAUUAGAGAGUUGAUUUAAUCGAUUUCUUAUGUAAUCUUGUUGAAUAUAUUAAAAUGUGGAAGCCGAAUUUUGUGGGUUAAUUUUGG